CUGAUUACACCACGUUUACCGCUUGCUGCAUCACCUUGUUCAAUAAGCUACGGGAAAGGUGUUGUGUGUUGUGGUCUCCACUAUAGCGAUGGCAACCAACGACGACGCAUGUACAUCUUGUACACCGAAGCGUCGGAAGGUGUACCUGGAUGCCGACUCCCCUUUGUCAGUACCAGUGUCAACGUUACGUCGCAGGCUUGCCCGCGAGGAAAGGUACAUUUCCGCAAGUCGGUUGCGCAGUGACGAACACGAAGACAUUCCAAUCGUAUUGAGCGAAAGCGGUGAAGGCAUAUCGACAACGUCUUCCACACAUGCCGAGGAAGCCCCACUUAACGAAGAGGCCCGAAAUGAGGAUGAAACAGAGAGCGUUAGUUUCACCGAACACGACGACGAGGACGAUGUGGAGCCUGUGGGAGGAUUGCCCGAAGAUAUUUCCCAAGAAGAAAUUUUCACAACAUGCCUUGACGAGUUUGGCACAGAGAGGCUGCCACAUUCAACAACUACGAAAGCGGGAGCUGUUGCGAUGCUCAUGUCUAUCGUUGUAUCCAACGGCCUUACGUGGAAAGCGUUAGGCGAUCUCAUUGGAUUCGUUAACAUGCUGUUCGAACCGGAACCAAACGUCCUGCCACGAAGCAAAUAUCUAUUUCGGAAGCUGUGGUCGCGAAAAACCAAGGAACAUGCUAAGUUCUAUGAGCUGUGCGCGACGUGUGACUCCAUCUUGGGCGAAAACAACCAACCAGGCAAGAACUGUGAAGUUUGUGGAGAAGAAAGAAAAGCCAAUGGUGACAGCCCAUCGCUUGUGAUGUUUAGUAUGCAGAAACAGCUGAGAUAUGUUGUGGAAAAGAACGAGGACGAACUGCACACAAACAUCACCAGAAAUAUGACAUCCGGUUCAAACCCCGCCAUCAUAAGUGACAUGACGUCUUCCGCAGGAUACCUAGCUUUGAAGGACUCAGUUGGGCUAUGUCAUGGCGAUUUGACUUUGACAAUAAACACCGAUGGGUCGCCACUUUUUGAAUCGUCCAACACCUCCGUGUGGCCGAUUCAGUUUGUUCUAAAUGAGCUACCACCUCGCACUCGCUUCAAAAACUGUACUCUUGCUGGGCUCUGGAUCGCGAAAAGACAUCCAGAUAUGUCUGUCUUCCUGGCAAAGUUUGUAGAGGAAGUCAACCAAAUGGGUCCACUUCUUUGGGAGCAGGAUGGGCACCACUACACAUCACGGAUGGUCGUGGUUUGCUGCGCAGUUGACGCACCAGCACGGGCAGCUGUACUCAACAUGAAACAGCAUAAUGGAUACAGUUCCUGUACCUGGUGCCUCAUAACGUGUGAAUAUGUUGACAAUUGUGUGCGCUACAUAAGCAGUCACCCCGUGGAAGAUAGGACGUCUGCAUUGGUAGUUUGAGAUUCUCAGCUUGCUCUCGAAUUGGACACUGACAUCAAUGGUGUCAAAGGACCGACACCGUUAAUGAACUUGCAAGGAUUUGACCUCGUGCGCGGAUGCAGUGUUGAAUACAUGCAUUCAGUGUUACUCGGUGUGACACGACAGCUCAAUGACUACUACUUCGGCUCAUCGCACUCUUCGGAAUGCUAUUAUAUAGGUAUUACAAUUGCUUCGUUGAUUGUGUCUGUGUCUGCUGAAAACAACCGUCUUCCUCUCUU